AUGGCUCCUCGUUCGGUCACCAAGACGGCCUCCAUGGACAUCCCCAAGCCGCGCGAUGCUCCUCGCCGUCAUGCUAUGCUGCCCACGCCUCCCUCGUCCAUCUCUCCCUGUCUCAACCCCCAAGGCUUCAAGCAGCGUGUCACCCACGAGGUCCUCCACCAGUAUAACCUCCGCUCCCCACCGGCUUCCUCUUCCCUCGCCCCCCAUGACACACAACAUGAGAUAGAUGCGGUCGACUCGGACAUCGACCUGCAGGACACCGAAGACAGGCGUACUUCUGCCGCUAAUACCGCAACCCGUAACCACGGCAAGGCUGAUGUCUCGGGAGACAUCACGCCAGCCAUGUUGGCGAGGCAUCACCUGCCCGACAUCCUGCUGGCACAUGGCCCGCUCGCCAUCAGGCACAUCAUGGGCUACCUGACCACCUCGGUGCCCGGAUUCGCCAUGAUACCGCCCGCCAAAGCAAGGAGACUGGUUGUCGCCGGCUUGGAGGGCAAGGCUUCCCUCUCCGCCAACGCUGGCUCCAUGGACGACGGUGAGGUCGAGUUCGAGAAGGUUGGAUGGGGUCGCUGGGACGCUUACCGUCGUGGCCAGCAGAAGGAUGGUGGUGCCGCUACUGCUGCUACUCGUGCUGGCCACGUCAACCGCCAACUCCCUCACUACUACUCCUCUGCCGACUCUCCCAUCUUCUCCCACUCAGACUUUGCCCAGAACCACGACAUUGACGAGGUGGACAAGAUGUCCCUCGACGACGACAACGACGGCCAGGAGCGGAUGUACUGCUCUUCCUCGGACGCAGAGGAGGCAGACGUCAUGGACGGCGACUGGGACGAGGCUGACAUGACCGACGAGGAGGACUGGGCCGGUAUCGGUGCAGACGCCCUCAGAGCCCAGUCUCUCGGUCAGGAGCUCUCCAUGCCCUCAGCCGUCUACGCUCGAGGCUACGGAUACGGUCACGGCUACGGAGGUGGACCCUCUUCCUCUGCCCUGGCCAAGACCGCUCCCAUGGCCAUGCCAGCUGGUAACGUCGAGGAACGCGCCGCCGUCGAGGCUCUCCUGCAACUCGGGUCGAUGUAG